GAUGCCUUGAAUCUAUUGGUGCGAGUAUCUUUGUUGUUUGUUUUUUCGGUUUUCGUGUGUUAUAUUUCACGUUUCUGAAUUAUUCUCCGGAAUUUUUUGUUCAAUUCCAUCCGAGAUGAAACAGUUUUUCCAAAAGAACUUUUCAAGUUCGAUUUUGCACCCAAGACCUCGGAAACCCCUGAAAGUGGGAAAAUGGUAUCUAAAAGGAUGGUACAGGAUCAAAAGCAAAUAAGCAAACACCGGAAAAUGGAUUCUGAAUCUAGAAAGGUUGAAGAUUUUUGGCUUCAUCGCAUAAAAUGCUCAAGGACAAGAUUCUUCAUUAAGAUCACGGAUCUUCAAGCCCACAGGCUCGAUUAGAAACAAUAAGUCUUAAAAUCGGAAACGUGCUGAAGUCCAGUAGCUGCCUCACCACCAGCGGACUGCUCUGCUACAUACAGCAGCGCCAGAACAACUACCACCAACAACAACCAAGGACCACAUAAAGUCCCUAGCAUUCAUCAAGACCAAGGCUACAUUCCAUCAAAUUUCCGCCACUACAGGACAUAGCUUCUGGCUGAAGCGGACUCUCCUUAAGAAGUAGUACAAGUCCAGUAGCUGGACAAAAGCCAACAAAACAGUAUGGUGAAAGUUCUGCGUAGGUCAUCACGCACCAAUCCAAUAAAAAAAAAAAGAGUUUAUUUGUAAGGAAAUGCAUUUAUUCUGAACAGAAAUAUGGGAAUAAGCAACAAUUAUCUUUGCCCAGCCACACUACAAGGAUGCAAUGAAUUAUUAAUCCUAGUUGAAAAAUAUCGACAACUGAAAUCACAAAUCGAAGGGAAAAUCGUCUUCCAACGGAACAAAGCUUCCAGAUCUGAGGUAAUCAUACUCAAAUGAAGGACGCAGCUCUUUGACAUUGGAGCGGAAAUCGUGCGGUAAACAAGAAAUGGACUUUUGAAACGAGAUCAACAAGAGACAAAUCAAUCAUCAGAAAAGAAAACAGUAGAACUCUCCUAUAAUCUCCCAACAAAUAAAGCAAUCAAUUCUUUUUCUAUGCGGAAAGGAAAGAAGGGAAUAUUUACAGACCUACAGUUGAUGUAGUUUACAUUACCCUGGUGCUAAAUGUUACCUAUGCAUAUCAUCUUUUUUAAAGCUUCAUUGAUUAUAAUGACAUAAACAAAGAUGAUCACAGUUGCGUACAAAAUCAUGCAAAGAGUUUUCCCCUCAGGGGCUCGUCUUCUUCAGACGAGUACGGGAUUCACGCUCCCGAGGUACUCCAGUGAUCUUUAUUUUAAUUUUUUUAUUUUUCAAUAUAAUUAUGAUUUCUUAAGCUUAAUUUAGUGUACUUCUCUGAAUGCUCAAUCGAUAUACUCUCGAAUUAACUCUUUUAGCUUAAAUGUACAUUGAUUUGCUUGUUUUAAAUUAAUUUCAUAUGCAUUUUAACAUAGUUCUGAAUAGAAAAAAAAUCCGUUCAUAUUUUUGUUGCAAUAUUAAAUUGUAAGUACUAAGUAUCCAAAUCAUUUCUCUUUGUUCCAUUUUCUUUAAAAAAUGAAAAUUUUCUUAGGGAUAAAUUCUAUUCUAAAUUACUUUUCAGUCGAAUUUUAAAUGUGCUAACAUUUUUCUGAAUAAAUCAAAGCUAUAUUUUAAUUUGCAGUGCAAUUACUUCAAUUUCUUAUUAUCGAUGCUGGCUUUACCAGCCCAUACGUUUGCCGUGUAUGGCGUCUCGUAAGGAGGAAAAUGGUGUCCUGGGGUUCCCUGGCGUUCCCUUUGGCCCACGCUUCUCUGUAGACGAGUGGCAGGGGUGAGCCCGCCCUCUGUCAACCGGCUGGUGGCAAUCUCUGUUAAAAACAGGGUUUGCAGCUGGAGGGCUAGUGCUGCAGUUAGAGGUGCCUCGGGUGAACCGACGGAUCCUCACCUCGAAGCUGUAUCACUAUAUCCUGGUGCCACCUCUGAGGCAAGUGCUGAGGCUGGCGGAAGCCAGAGCCGGCAACUGCCUCCCCUGGUAGGGCUCCGAGGUGGGUGGAGGAGCACGAGGAUGAACAAAUGUUCUAUAAUAAUGGAUCCAUUUCAAUCUUCGAGCCCUGAUGGAGGCUUAAAUCCGUCAAUUACUAAAGAAGUGCCAACCGAUGCACUUGACGACAGCAAGGAAACAAUUUCUUCAGUCAAUUUUUCAGCUGAAGCUGAAUCAGGCAAUGAACACGCAGACCCUGAUAAAGAAAAAUGGAAUAAGUUUUUAGAAAGUUUCAUCGCUAAAUUCUCAGAAUACGAAAUGCAGAAGAAUAGGUCUAAUUAUAAUGUGGUUGAUCUAGAGGAUUGGGGCAAACAAGGAAGGACGCAAGGAAUAGCGAUCAGUUCCGAUUCUUUUGGGAUCUUUAUGGAAAAGAUAUCCCACUACGGAUUAGACGAAUACAAUGACAUUAAAAGAAUAAGACCGACAGAAAUGCAACUGAAAGAAUUAAAUAAUGCUCUGAAUUUUACUUUAAACUACCGUCAGGAUAUAUGGUGCAAAGAUGAGAAUAUAUUUGUGAAAGGAAAUUACGUCAGUUUGCUAGAAAUCAUGGAUUAUGGAACAGAUAGGCUAGGUGCCAAUAAUAAUUGCGGAAAUUACUUAGAUCAAUUAAAGGCAGGAAAGCUGAAAAUGUUAAAUAUUUUUGCUCUUAAUACAGUUUUCAUUGAUCGCGAUAUAUCCUAUCCACUCAAUUUGAUAUCUCAGAAGUGGGAAGUGAUAGGUAACAGAAGGUUAGACCUGAAGGGUGCUGAAGGCCCUCCUCACGUGAAGCCCGCGGCUCCGGAUGGAACAUGGAGAAAAAAAAACGGAGAGCACGGUAAGCCAGGACUUCCAGGCAAGCCCGGUGGUACAGUCUUCGGAAUAGGUUCGACAUUCGUAAAUGGUGCAAACUUAACAAUUUCUGUUAAUGGCGGGAUCGGUGGUCCAGGGCAAAGGGGAGGAAAUGGGGAUUUCGGUGACUCUGGACCUAGUGCUUACCCACCGAAUCAGUCUGGUAAUCUUGAGGAAGUUUUAUCAUACGGAGUGACAGUCGACGGUUUCAAGUGGGAAAAAACAUAUUAUGUAAAGUACGAUGCUAGCGAUUCCUUUCAUUUAGCUAGAGAAAGGAUGUCUGGAUUUCAUCCUUUUGAUAUUUUUUUCCACGAAGCUUACAAGUUUUUCGGAAAAACUGGGGAGAAAGGUGGAGACGGUGGAAGUGGAGGAAAAGGCGGAAAGGGGGGUAAACCAGGCAGCAUCACAUUGAUCGAAUUCGGCAGUGCUUCGAAGAUAAAAGAGCAGAUGGAUUACGGAGAAGAAGGAGCAAUUGGAAAAGGGGGUUCCGGAGGAAAAAGUGGAAAAACUGGAGACGAUCUGAUUGCGCGCGUUUAUGUUCAAAGGCCUAUUCAAAUCCUGCGAUUGCAAGGAAGGAAAGACUAUCUUUGGUGGGUGCCGAAAGAGUACAUCCCGAAUAACAGCUACUUAGGUCAAUCAGGGAAAAACGGUGUGGACGGCGAUAAUGACGUGGGAAGGCAGGAGCCUGAAUCGGGAGCUGCUGUGGAUGGAAUGGACAGCAUUUUAAAUGAAUAUAAAAUUUUCAUAAGAGAAAAUUUAGCUAAUAACCUUAUUAAAGCUGAACUUCUCCAGUUCCUUUAUCAUUUAAACAACAACAGAAACGUCACCGACUUUUACCAGACAUUAGGACUCGUCGGUGAACUGACAGGAUUGGAAGAACAGUUUCCGAAAUUGCACGACGAUGUGGAUUUCGCUCCCUUUUACGAGUCGUUGUUGAACCGGACAAGUGAAUACGGAAAAAACCCGAAAGAGGGAGAGGAUUCUCGCGAACAUAAGAAGGUUCUAAAUUAUUUGUACACGACCACUCUAGGCAGAAUGUGCAACUUGAGGGAGGAGCCCGAGACCAAUUUGGUAGUCAAUAUCGGUGGAUACCUGGACUUGGUGAAAAAGGACAUAGAAGUCCUGAAAGAGUUGCAGAACCAAAGCAACAAGGCAAACAUAAUCAAUAAGUAUAAAGAAAAUUACAAAACCAGUGUUGACAAAAAUAUAGAUGAGGCUAAAGCUUUUAUUCAAAAGCAGAUUACUCCUGAAAUUGGCAAUAUCGGAAAAGAAAUUGACAACAAAGUCGAUUUAUUAUUAAAAGAGAUAAUGAAACUUCAAGAAAAAGCUGAAGAAGAAAAAGAAACUUUAAUUCAGAAAAGAAAAGAACUGGAAAGCACAUUGGCUCUCGGAGGAUUGUUCAGUGGUCUGCAAAUCUUUGGCCAAGUGGUGAGUUUCUUAGGUCCGAUUGGAACAGCUGUUGGAUCCGUUAUAGAAACAACAACCUCAGUGGCUGAUUCCUUAAUUUUAAAUAACGCUAGCCCGAGACUGCUUUUCGCGCCAAACAUCAUGCCGGAUCUCAAAUCUUUGGCUAAUCAAGUCAAAACAGUUAAAAUUCAAAAAAUUGUGUACCUUGAUAACUUAAUCCAAGAAAUUUUGCAAAAUGUAAAAAACAGUCCCGAAAAAUUGGAAGAUAUAACCGUUAGUUUGCAAAAAAUUAAAGUCAAGUUGGCGAAUGUUCGGGACGAAAACUUCAAUGUGAAAGAAUUGAGCGCGAUCGAAAUGGAAUUGAAGCAGGUAUUGAAGAAAAAAGAAGAUGACCUCAUAUCAGAGAAAGACGAUCCCAAAGAAAAGAAUUCAAAAGCUCUUGCCAUAGUAGAAAAAUUCAGCCAAAUUGUCAAAUUGGGUCCGCAGAUUUUGGAUGUUUACAAAAGAUACAAAGGCGACCAAUCAAAAAUGGAUACUCUGAAUAGCGCUAUAACGCAGGCUGAAAACAAACUUCAACAACUGAAGGCAUAUGAAGAAAACAUAUACAAUACGUUUAUCCCAAUGCUUCAUAAUUUGGAGACUAGUCUUUACGAUACAGCGGGAAAACUCAGUAACAAAUCCCAAGUCAGUCUGGAUGUGACUAAGUGGCAAGUACAAAGUACGUUGAAAGACAUAAAGCUGCAAAUUCAGAAGGCUACAGAUGGGUUCGAGGUAAAGGAAAAUUUAGCACGCUGCAUAGAAAAACUGGAGGAGGUAAUGACAAGUCUUAUAAAUAUUUACGACCGCAUACAGAAUUAUCAAGAACAACAGAAACUGGCGAGUUAUAUCGCAGACAUCAGUUCGGUUGCAGCAAGCAACAUCCAUAUUACUGAUCCUCUACUGAUUAAUGCUACAAAUCGCAUGGAAGAAACAAUAAGGUCUAAUCUCGUCUUAAUGGAAUACAAAAGAGCUCUCGACGCAUUCAAACAAUGGGUAUUUCCAUUUGCGGAAUACUACCUGGGAAAAUUUGUGUUGCCAUCACACCUGAAACUAGACAAAAAUAUCGAAGAUUUGGUGACUAACGCUGCUAACCAAAUAGAAAUUAUGAAACAGAAAAUAGAUUUAUAUAAAAUAUCUGUUAAAAAUACCGACAAGUACAUACAAAAUGGUGAAUUCAGCAGUCGCUGGAAGUCCACCGAUCCUUUCUUCGUGUGGAAGAAUGAGAACUACAAAGACGAAAUAUCUAAGCUCUUGUCAGGACAGGAGGUUGUCCUGAAGGCGGACGUAAGGAGCUCUGCACCCGACAAAGACGCGAUUAAAUUCAGUGUCAUUGAGCUUAUCUUCAAGUCUCGAAACGAAACGUUGCAACCUCGACUCUCUGAAGCCUUGACAUAUUUUGAUAUCAGAGCGACACACCUGGGUAAUUCCCACUACAGAUAUGCCGACGAGGUUUACUUGAUUACCAGCGACAGCCAAACCAUCUUAUAUUCCUACGAAAAGAAUUCUGUGGGCGAACCUGUUAGGAAAAACAAUGUGUUUGACAAAAUCAAAUCGGGUGAUUUGAUGCUCAGCCCGUAUGCCUUGUGGGAAUUUAAGCUACGAAACUCUACAAGCAAAAGUUCUUUCGCCGAAAUAGGGAUUUUUAAAGACGAAAUCGAUUUAGAAUUAUCAGGGUAUGGCAGCUAUGUGCUGAGAGAUGUCGACUUGUUUAGCGUAAUAGGAAACACAGAGAAGAAAAUCAAAAAGAAUGCUGGAUACUCUGUCACAGCGUUUGAAGAAGACAGAGAGAAAAGUAAUCAAAGCCAUGCAAGUCUAUUAAAGACCGAUGGAAGUUAUAUGACUAACGGCGCCUCUAUUGGUUUGUCAUCCCCGGUCAAUUAUAUUUCUAAUUUGCUAAAGACAUAUAUUCUGUCAAAUGCAAUGUUUUCUGUGCAUCGAAUAUUUUUCAGUAAAAAAUUAGUUCUGGAAAAUAAGAACAAUAAUAUCGGCAUUCAGAACGGUGCAACGGAAGAUUUAAUGAAAUUAGAAGACUAUGACUCUGAAAGUAAAUUCCAAAAUACAGACGUCAGAACGCGUGAAAUAGAAAAGGAGACCACUGAAAUGAUUUCCGAAUGCAGUGCAGCAAAUAAAUCAGUUUCAUCUGCGGAAGAAAAUAAUCCAGGAAACGAUGCCAUGAAACAAAAAGUACACCUUAUCAGAAUGUGUGGUGAUUCAAAAGAUCACGGUGAUCGUUCAGAUACACGUCUAUUGCUCGGAAAUCAGGAAUUACAAAGCAACCAUCUGAAUCAUUUGCCAGAUAUCAAUUGCUCUUUAUUGCUGGCUGAUUUAAUUUCCCGGACCAUUUCAGGAAAGAAAUAUAUAACUGCACUCGAAGAAUCAUUGCUAUCGCCACAGGAAAUGAUCCAAAAGAAAUUAAAUAAUCUAACUACUAUGGGAAAUGAAGGGGAUAUAAAGCAACACCUGCACCUGCUGUCAUCAGAAGUUGAUGGCAGGGAAAACAGUUGGCUGAACAGAGCAAAAAGAUAUUUCAGAUCAGCAUUUCAAUUUUUUGGCAUGAAUAAAAUCGGAAGUCCUGAAGACUACGUUCAGGACAUAAGAAAUCUAUUUAGUACGAAUCCUUAUUAGGGAGUAAAUGAAAAUUACAGUGAUAAUUAAAGCUGACAGGAAACGUUAUAAAUCUUAAAAUAUUAAUCCAAUUAUUCAUUAAAGUGUCUGUCAGUUAAAUGUAACUGCUUUGCUUCGAGAAUGUAUGUAUACAAACUGAUUCGAACCGAACUGAAAUUCAGCAACAGAUAAGUUAGUUUCCUCAUGUAAUAGCCUAAGUAAAUACAUGCCAUAAAUUAAAGAAAAUCUUAACUUGUUAUAAAAACAAUAUUUAUAUUUUACAGCCUUAUAUUACUUACGACCAAUGAAAAUCUCUCAAAUGCAAAAUAAAAAUAAACUCUUGUGUUAUCAAAAAGUUAAUUAUCCAAGAAUUAAUUAGAAUUAACAAAAAUUUUAGCUUUCUUUUUUACUUAAAAAUGCUUCGCAAUUUUUUCUUUCUUUCUCUUUCUGUUUAAAUGAAGCGACCGAAUGGAAACACACAAUGAAGAAGUUUUUCAUAAAUAAAAAAUGAAAUAAAUCGUUAUUUUUUGGACGACAUUUAAUAACUGUCUUAGGAUGCCUAAAAUAACUGAAAUUAAAAAUUUCAUCAGUAAAAUAUUCACAACCGUACAGGAUUGUUUGAAAUGCUUGCUUAAAUAUUUUUUUAAUUAUAAUUAAAAAAAUGCAUAUAAUUAUUUUACUUUUCAUUUUUGUAAAAGAAUUUCUUGAUACUCUUUAAUACCAAGCCAAUCAUUAUUUGUUUUAACCAAGAGAAAUGCAUAAAACCAUGCUUAGUACUUAAGUCUGAUGUCAUGUUACAUUUUUUUUUGACAUACGAUAUAGAAUUUUUAUGUAAAAAUUUUCAAUGUCAAUAAUUUCAAUUUUUUCGAAGUGCUUUGGUAGAAUUUUCUCUUUAUGCAUACAUUUUGAAUGUCUACAUACCUUCUCGAAUCCACAGAACAAAAUGUAAGAAUAAAUCUGAAAGUUUGUGAAA